AUGGCAAUGCUUUAUUUAGUUCUAUCUCUAUGUGUUUUGCAAGUGCAUUCAAUGGCGCUCAAGGGACCAGUUUUAACAAGAUACCAGCCGUGUGGACUGGGAGUGAUCUAUUUCGACAAAAUAACGGAUAUGCUGUGGCGCGCGGAAGUAAACCUUCAGUUGUAUGAAAACAUUAAUGAGGUUGUGAUUGAAAUCAUUUUUGAAAACCAGAUGACGCUUUAUGGGGUAUCCCACAACAGUACAAUAUUCAUCAACAACCAAUCGCAUAAUUUCACCUUUAUACCAAAAGGAAACAUUCCUGACCAAUACCACAUCUAUACAUCGAUAAAAGAAAAUACAACAACAUCAGUGCCAACUGUGGAAAGGUUCAGCUUAAACCGGAUAGUUUUGUGUAAUGCCUUUCUGAAGGCUGCCGAUACAGUAAAAUCUUUGGACGCAACCCAACCUGGUGAUAGGGAAUACCAACACGUUUGCGGAAGACGAUCACUAGAUCACACAGAAGUAAAUUACGUACGGACAGAGUACGCCCAAGCCGGAGAUUGGCCGUGGCAUGUGGCCAUACUGAUUAAAAAACCUUUCACAAACCUUGCUUACUACCAGUGCGGAGGAAAUGUAAUAUCUACCACAGCGAUUCUAACCGCUGGUCAUUGUAUGUUUUUAAGCGGUAGUUUAAUAGACACGAGCAGGAUAAUAAUCAAAGCUGGAUUGACCGAUCUCAGAGCUGUGGAUAAGGCUGACCAACAAACACUUACUGCGGAAAGAGUAAUUCUGCAUCCCGAUUACAACGCGGACCAAGCUACUUCAGACCUCGCUAUUGUGAUAGUAAAUAAACUACUGUAUACUGAAUACGUCCAACCAAUUUGUGUAUGGGGUCCAGUUUACGACAAAACCGCGCUUUUUGGAAACCAAGCUGUGAUUACUGGAUUUGGAACGACAGAGCAAAACAUGCCAUCGCAUACUCUCAGAGCAACUAACACUAUAGUGCAAAAUGACACUACUUGCAAUAAUUAUGCUCCCGAGUUAUAUCCAAAACUAUUAAAUGAAUUUACUUUCUGCGUUGGCUUUGGUCCUAAUGCUGGUAUAAAUCCCCGGAAUGGAGACAGCGGAGGUGGUCUCUUCAUUCCCACAAAGCAACCAGAUCAUAAAGUGAGUUGGUUCCUCCGUGGUAUCCUAUCCAAAUGUGGUCUGCUGGCUGGUCAGAUUUUCUGCGACCCUGAGUACUAUGUUGUGUAUACAGAUGUUGGACCCCAUUACGGUUGGAUAUAUCACAAUGCUGGUUUAAUUUUUUCAAGCAAUGUUGUUUCUUGA